UGAAUUAAAAAUGUGAGUAAGCCCAACUAACUUGAAACCAACUUUUCUAAUGUGCACAAAUCACCUUACCUUCAACUCAUUUGUAGUCGGAAUUAAUUUUACAAAUAGAAAUGGCAGCAGUUGAAGAGUGCAGUUCCAAUGGAGUCUCAAGAUGGUCCCUCAAAGGAAAGACUGCUCUCGUCACUGGUGGAACUCGUGGGAUUGGACAUGCCAUAGUUGAGGAUUUAUGUGGGUUUGGUGCUACCGUCCACACCUGUUCCAGAAACCAAGAUGAGCUUAAUAAUUGUUUGAAUCAAUGGCGUAGUAAAGGCUUUUUGGUGUCUGGAUCUGUGUGUGAUGUCUCAUCUCGAGAACAAAGGGAGAAGCUCAUUCAAGAAGUUGCCUCAAUCUUCAAUGGUAAACUUCACAUUUAUGUGAAUAAUGUUGGAGCAAACUUUAGGAAACCAACCAUUGAGUACACUGCUGAAGUAUAUUCAGAAAUUAUGGCAAUUAAUUUAGAUUCUGCAUAUCAUUUGUGUCAACUUACACAUCCUCUUCUAAAGGCAUAUGGAAUGGGAAGCAUUGUAUUCAUUUCCUCUAUUGCUGGCGUGGUGAGCUUAGGUACUGGAUCAGUCUAUGCAGCAAGUAAAGUGAUGUUUUCAGCUGCAAUCACUCAGCUUACAAAAAACUUGGCUUGUGAAUGGGCAAAAGAUGGCAUAAGGAGCAAUUGUGUUGUUCCUGCUACCACCAAUACACCACUUGUUGAACAUCUGCUUCGCAACAAGCAGUAUAUGGAUGAAAUGUUGUCUCGAACUCCUCUUGGACGCAUCGCAGAAUCUCAUGAAGUUUCAUCGUUGGUGGCUUUCCUUUGUCUGCCAGCUGCGUCUUACAUCACCGGACAAGUUAUUUGUGUUGAUGGAGGAUUAACUGUGAAUGGAUUCCAGCCCAGUAUGAGAAUAACAUAAUAUUCAUGCACUUCUUGGUUCAUUGUUAAGUAUUAAUUAUCUUUGGAACAAAGGAUUAACUGUGAAUGAUCUCUUUCAAUUUCAUUUUGGUAUAUGACUGUAGACACAUAAAAUUAAGCAAUCAAUAAGCUCUCUUUAACUCAA